GUUUAAACCCCGAGCAUGGCGAUUCCCCCGAUCUUUCACGACAAUAGGCCGUUCCACAGAGAUCUAUUUUUAACAGUGCCUCGUUCUACGGAUACACCCGCAAUCGAGCCUGAGGCCCCACAACUCUCGGUUUGACUUCAUUUAUAAGUAAGCUUGCUUUCUAUUUUCUUUUUCCCUCCUCAAGAAAUAAGCUUGAUAGUUGCUCCGAAACUUCAAUAUCUUUCUAGAUAUCCGCUCCUUUACCUGCAUUGCUUAACAGGUUUACCCUGCUCAAACCAAAUGAUUUCCCCUUCCAGCAGACAUUCCAAGACUUUUGAGAAUACCAACACCCUCUCGAUCCCGAAUGACUACAAUCCAUACACUGUGGCCAAACACAGAAGGUCCCAGUCUAACCAGACAGGGUUUUCCUCCGUCGCCCUGGAAGAUCUAGACUUGAUCCCAGAAAAUCGCUCUGUGCCACCCACUGCAGCGAGCAAUUCCACUCUGAGAUCCAAACUUAUUACUAGUUCCCCCCCUAACAGCGGCGGGUCCCUGUCCCCCAAGGUCAGUGAUUACACCUUCUCCGCUCACAAAGCGUCCAGGAAGGCAGACCACGAUAUCAAGCUUGUGGUGGUGGGUGACGGUGGUUGCGGCAAGACGUGUUUGUUAGUUUCCUACACACAGAACAAGUUUCCGGAGAUUUAUGUUCCAACCAUCUUUGAGACCUACCUGGCCCAGAUGCUUGCUCCUGACAGCCAAAAGCACAUUGCGUUGUCCCUUUGGGAUACCGCCGGCCAGGAAGAAUACGACCGCUUAAGACCUUUAUCGUAUCCAGAUGUCGACAUCAUUUUGGCCUGUUUCUCAUUGACCAACCAGACCUCCUUGCAAAACAUCAAGGAUGCUUGGGUUCCGGAACUAAACCAUUUUUGUCCUGGGGUACCGGUUCUACUUGUCGGGACAAAGUCUGACUUGGAGUCUUCUAUCACCAACGACCAGAUUAUGUCCAUUGCCCAGCAAGUCAACGCUAUCGGGUUUGUUAAGUGCUCGGCAAAGACAAUGUCUAACGUCAGAAAUGUGUUCAACUUUGCGUUGGACUAUGUCACGAAAAACAUUGAAAAGCUGGAAGUUGGUGCAGACAAGAAUAGCAAGAGAUGGUCUAAGCGAUUGAGUCGCAACUUUGAUGCCAGCUCGGCUGGCGGGACUGCUAAGGGCCACAGAAGAAACACCUCUACCAAUCCUAUGGAGGAGCCUACCCAAGAGUACCACAAGAACAGUGAAUACUAUAUUGCCAGCGACCAAAUCCAAACAACUUCAAAGAGAAAAAGCCGCAAGUGUACGAUUCUUUAGGAGGGGCUUCCCCACUCUACCAAUCUGUAGUAUCACAAGAGGCUGUAUUCUGUAUAUGUCUCGAUUUGCAUCACGUCACCCCUUUCUGCAGACUGCAAAGAAGCUUAUUUUCAGCCCAGUCUCCUUCCUUAUACUUUCUAGCUUUUCUCCGGUGUUUACUUUCAUUCCUCUAUUUAAUUCGUUUGAAUCUGCUC